CUGUUCCUCUGUCAGACUGCUGGCGAUUUAGUGUCUCUGCUUGUUAUGGCCGCUGCUGUCGCUAUGGAGACAGAUGAUGCUGGAAAUCGACUUCGGUUUCAGUUGGAGUUGGAAUUUGUACAGUGUUUAGCCAACCCAAAUUACCUUAAUUUUCUUGCCCAAAGAGGUUACUUCAAAGACAAAGCUUUUGUUAAUUAUCUUAAGUACUUGCUUUACUGGAAAGAACCAGAAUAUGCCAAGUAUCUAAAGUACCCUCAGUGUUUACAUAUGUUAGAACUGCUCCAAUAUGAACACUUUCGAAAGGAGCUGGUGAAUGCUCAGUGUGCGAAAUUCAUUGACGAACAGCAGAUUCUACACUGGCAACACUAUUCUCGGAAGCGGAUGCGCCUUCAACAAGCCCUGGCAGAACAGCAACAGCAAAAUAACACGUCAGGAAAAUGA